ACUCUGGGGCGACGUCGCGUGGGGUCCGCCAUUAAAAGUGUGGCGGAAGCACUCGGGUUGAUUCGGCAGUUUUCCGAACCGCAGCGCUCAACGUCGAUGUGUGCCACACUCAAUAUGUCCGCCAGGAAGGGCCACAUUUUCUCAGUAGGAAUGCGGUAGGCGGGGCUGCUAGGCUAGUGUCAAACUUUGGGAAUGACAGGAGUGCUGCAGGAUUUGCAAAGAAGGGGAAGUGUCGCUCUUGUUAGUCCUGUUUGGAUUACUUUGACUAAUUUUUACGCCCGCUUUUUGGAUUCACCACCUUUCUACACACAGAGAGUCCUGCCCCAGCAGAUCCCUCAGCCAUGUCGGAGGACCUGAGCUCCCAACCCUGGUCCAUCAACAAAGAUGAUUACGAGCUACACGAGGUGAUUGGGAGUGGGGCCACAGCUGUGGUUCAAGCAGCCUACUGUAUACCACGCAAGGAGAAGGUGGCCAUUAAACGCAUCAACCUGGAGAAGUGCCAGACCAGCAUGGACGAACUCCUGAAAGAGAUUCAGGCCAUGAGUCAGUGCCACCACCCCAACAUUGUGUCUUACUACACCUCCUUUGUGGUAAAGGAUGAGCUGUGGCUGGUUAUGAAGCUGCUCAGCGGCGGCUCAGUGCUGGAUGUGAUCAAGCAUAUCAUCUCACGAGGGGAGCACAAGACCGGCGUCCUGGAUGAGGCCAGCAUAGCCACAGUGUUGAGAGAUGUUCUUGAGGGCCUGGAGUACCUACACAAGAACGGACAGAUCCACAGAGAUCUUAAGGCUGGAAACAUCCUCCUCGGGGAUGAUGGUUCAGUGCAGAUUGCAGACUUUGGCGUCAGUGCCUUUCUAGCCACGGGAGGUGACAUCACUCGAAAUAAAGUGCGCAAGACUUUCGUGGGAACGCCGUGCUGGAUGGCCCCAGAGGUCAUGGAGCAGGUGAGGGGUUAUGAUUUCAAAGCAGAUAUUUGGAGUUUUGGGAUCACGGCCAUUGAGCUCGCUACAGGAGCUGCACCUUAUCACAAAUACCCACCGAUGAAGGUCUUAAUGCUGACGCUGCAGAAUGACCCUCCGAGUCUGGAGACCGGCGUCACAGAUAAGGAGACGGUAAAGAAAUACGGCAAAUCCUUCAGGAAGAUGAUCUCACUGUGUCUACAGAAAGACCCUGAGAAAAGGCCAACAUCAUCAGAGUUGUUGAAGCAUAAAUUCUUUCAGAAGGCAAAGACACACGAGUAUUUACACGAGAAGUUGCUUCAGAGGGCGCCGACAAUAACGGAGAGGUCAAAAAGGGUACGUCGAGUGCCAGGCUCCAGCGGUCGGCUGCAUAAAACAGAGGACGGCGAAUGGGAGUGGAGCGACGACGAGCUCGAUGAAGAGAGCGAAGAAGGCAAAGCAGCUGCUGCAGCCAUACGGGAGCAGCAGGUGAAGCCUGUUAGUGCCCCCAGGCGACAAGUGCGCUUCUCCUACCCUCUCGAGCUGCCUGCAUCCAGGUCACCAAGAGUGAAGGAGGGAUCACAGAAUUCAGAGGUUUUCCAGACUCCUGAGCCUUUAAGUAGUCAUCUCCAGCCUCCGGCCGCAGGUCAGGCUGAACUACCUCAGGCUGCAGGUCAAGUUCCGCUGCAGCCCACACCAGCCACCGCUCAAUCUACUGCCCAGGCUGCAUCUCCCACACCAGGAGUACCUGCUGCUGCUGUUCCCCCUCAGAUUUCAGCCGCCUCAGGGGAUGUUCAGGCUCCCAUUAGUUUGGUAUUAAGGUUAAGAAAUUCAAAGAAGGAGCUAAAUGACAUCCGCUUUGAGUUCAUGCCAGGGAGAGACACAGCAGAUGGUGUGUCUCAGGAGCUGGUGUCAGCAGGCCUGGUGGACGGGAGGGACUUAGUAAUAGUUGCUGCAAAUUUGCAGAAAAUAGUCGAUGAACCUCAAACCCAUAAAAAUGUCACUUUCAAACUGGCUUCUGGAAUUGAGGGAUCUGAAAUACCAGACGACAUCAAGUUGAUGGGCUUUGCUCAGCUCAGCAUUAGUUAGACAGAUGUUCUACCUGGGACCGUGACUUGCCUAAAAAAUGUGAAAUUUAAAAAAAAAAAAAAUAGUUUGAAUGCAUUUUUUUUUCUUUCCAUGGCUGUAAAGAAACCACUACUGCCAAAGAGAACAGUACCAUUAUUUUCUUUUCCUUUUUCUUUUGUUUUUUGUUUUUUUUGUCACGUAUAGGAUUAUAAAAUGCCACCUUGUUGAAUUUUAGGUGGUCAGCUGAAGUAUCAGAACGUACAGUAUGAGAAUCAUACGAAAAAGUUUACAGUGUACAAGUAGAAGGAUGCAAUUAUCCACAAGAAAUGUUUUCAUUUCCCAUCCCGGUCUCCCUCAUCCUGCUUCUUUUCUCCCCCCUUUCCUCUCUCUAAUGUGACGCAUUUGCACAAUCUGAACUAACACCCUUGAACCCUGACAAGUGUAACAAUGCCUUAUAUAUUCAUCAGAACUACUGAAUGCACAUUUUUUGGGGGGGGACAUCCCCGGUUACCGUAUGGAGCAUUACAUUGUCUGAAAUGCACAAGUGUGCUUUCAGGUGCAGAUGCCAAACUUUUUGCUGCAGCUUCACAUGCCAAAUAGAAAUAAAAUGUUUCACAUACUCGUGUUUUGACGUUGCAAAACAAACGUGAGGCCAAAUUACUUCCUACAGAAAGAGAUGGACGCAUCUUAGUGUCUCGGAGUCUUUGCAUUUAAAGGUUUUUCAUAUUCUUUAUAUUUUCCUAUCAUCAACAAAUCCCAUGAAAGACCAGUUACUUCCUGAAACAUCUGAGCAGCAGCUUUUUUAAACAAAGUAAAUGAUACACGUCUGUGGGGACUAUUCAGCACUUAACUGAUAGACAUUAGCGCUCUGUGUAGCAUGUGUGCAUUGAUUUAAAUUAAAUACCAGAAGCAAAGUAUGCGUAAAACUUUGGAUGUGCAGAUUAUUAUUGUUAUCAUCAUUAUUAUUAUUAUUAUUAUUAUUAUUGUUGUUAUUAUUAUUUGUAUGAUCACGUCUUGGGUUAUGUUAUGGGAUUAAAUGAUAAUAAAUAACCCAAUAAAUAAAUAAAAUUUAAUGCCCUUCUUUAAAAAAAAAAAAAAAAAAAAAAAAAGCAUCAGUGCUUUUCAAAACUCCAAAUCAGCCUUCGUGUUGUGAUUGAUUGAAAUACGUGUAAAGUAAAAAGUUUUGCAGCAGCUGAAGCCACAUGUGCUGUCUGAGCAGAUGUGUCCGUCUGUUGGUGUUAGUUUGUCUGUUUGGAAUUGGUUUUCACAAAUUCUUAAAAAGAAAGAAAAAAAGACUUAAGUGCGUAUUUGUUUAUGUGAAUGGAUUCUAAGUACUUGAUUUAACCUUUAGUAUGUAAGUAAUGACAUUUGGCUCUGAUUUGUUUUUGUUUUUUUUAUACUGGGUGUUUCACUCUUGGCCUUCUUUCUCUUAAGACACGAUUGGGGGUUGUUUGGCUGCGUGAAGGAUGACGACGACGCUGCACAUCAGGCUUUGAAUUUGCUUGUUUCUUUGCAGGACGUAUUGUUGCUUAAUCUGUCACGUGUGAUCAUUUGCGCAUCAACAGUUUUCAGCUUUUAACUUUUUCGCCUUUUGAAAAUGUUGAAUAUAUUUUCCCGUGGCGCUGUCCCGAUGCAGCAUUUCCCCCCUCAAAAAAAAAGAAGGAAAAAACAGAAAAAAAAAAAAAAGAUUUUUCGCUGGGUAACAGAAAAAGUGUCUCUAACUCUUAGUAAGCACCAAGUGUGGGAGCUGUUUACAGUAGCUAGUCCUUUUAACGCGCAUCUGAAGUAAUACAGCUGCUUUGCCAUCGUUUCUGAAAGUGGCUUUAAUGAAGAUUUCUUUCCGUCAGUUUUGAAGAUCUGAGCCGUGAUUGUAAACGUGUUGAAUGAUCAGAACUGUUCGACCGCGCUCUGGAUAAUUUUGUGCACUUGUGUCCACCGAUGACGUGGCUCGAUGAUGAAUGUGCAUAUCACGGUUAUUUGGCACCGACGGCUGCAGAAGGUUCAUUUACCGCUCUGCUCUUAUGUGUGGAUCUGAAACGCCAGCGAGGUUUUAGUGUUUCAUUUGAUGAUGUGACAACUUCGUAACCAGAUGCCAUAGUGAACCAGUCUGAAUGCAUUAGUUUUUCUUUGCUUGCAGAUGAAAUGUUACAAGGAAAUAUUUGAACAUGUUUAUAGUCAAAUACAGUUUUACACUAGCCUUAAAUUGAAAAUGACCAAGUGUAAUUUUUUUUUCCUGUGUGUGCGUGUGUGAAGUUUUUCUCUUUGGUUUUGAGUCAGACUUUCGCUGUCCUUGAAAUGUACUUCCUGUUACUUGUGAAGCUACCUUAAAUAAAGAUGUACAGGCGUGUCGACCCAGGCUUCUCCCCUUGGAAGGGAAGCGACAAAGUCAGCCACGCAAUGUUGUGCAUACAUUUUCAAACUGCAGUAUUUGGUGCCAUUCUCCCGUUAUAGUCUGCAGACUGCAGACAGGAUUGGUCUGUAUGAGCCCUGAGAGAAGAGUGUGUGUGUGUGUGUGUGUGUGUGUGUGUGUGUGUGUGUGUGUGUGUUACAUAGAUUGAGCUCUGCUUUCGGCAGAGUUGAAGAUCUAAUAGCUUUGUUCUCAUCCUUUCUCCAACAGUCCCACUUACACGCAGUCUAACUAUAAACUGUAGCAACUGAACAGAUGACCGGUUAAAAAACUAAAACGACCCAAAAUACACUUUUGUCCAGGCAAUAACUAAUCAAGGCUGUAAUAUAUUUGAAGUUUGCACCUGUUUUCAGUUUAGUUUCUUUCCAUUCUUUCAUUUCCUCUGAUUUUAAUUGUUUUGGAGUUCAAAGCAUGUUUCUCUUGAUUAUUUUUAAUCAAUAAAGAAUGAGCAUAUCAGCCUCCUGUUA